GAGACUCAUAAUCUGGUCAUUAGUCCUCCAGCGCCGCUCAUGUCCUGGUUCCAGUCCCUGCGGGAUGACUUCACUCUGAGGCCGUUUGAGAGCCAGCGGACGCCCAGUGACAGCGCUGCCAUGGCAUCAGGGCCUCCGGAGGCUGUGGCCAAUCAGGAGCCUGCUGAAGUCGCUGAGGAAUGCUCAGGAAAGAAGAAGUCAAAGUUCCAGACAUUUAAAAAGUUCUUCGCCAGGAAGAAGAGAAAGGAGGCAUCAGCCACUGGGGGGGACGCGGGGCUUAAAGCCAGCCAAUCAAGCGACAAUGUCAGCAAGACACCAGAAGAUAACACACUCACGCGAUCAGAGAAGGAUAAGGGCUCUGGGUCAAAGAUUAGCUUGGGCAGCAAGGCCUUGUCACAUGACUCUGUCUUCGUCUCCGACUCGUCAGAGGCUAACGAGGCUUUGGGAGCAUCUCAGGACAGCAUUCAUGGCAAAGUCAAAUCACUACAGCUCCAGCUGAAGCAGGCCAUCCGGCUGGGCUCUCCUCCCUCCCUCAUGUGUGUGAAGAGGAUGGAAGAUGGAGGGACCAUGUCUGAGGAUGAUGGUUUACCAUGCAGCCCGCCUGAAUACUCCACAUCACACACGAAUCAGGCUCAGACAAACAGCUCUCUCAGUCUGGAGGGAACAGACAGCGAUGAGGACCAGUUGUCCUGCGCUGCCUCCAGUAGAGCGCUGAGCCCCCUGGUGGCGGUUCCAGGUGACUUCAGUCAGCCUGCCCGACCCUUCGCCUGUUUGGACAACUCGGCCGCCAAACACAAGCUGGGCCUGAGGCAAAAAGCCUGCAACAAGAGGAAGCCCGUCAGUAGGUUGGAGAUCAGAGCAGAGGAAGACUCUGUGGUGGAGGAAAGGCUGAGCACCGCUGUUCCCAAAGCUUCAGAGGAGCAAGAGGAGCAGGAGACGAGAGAUGUGAGAAGUGAUCAGGUGAAGCCAAAGGAGGAAGAAGAAGAAGCAGAGGAAGAAGGAGAGGAGGAGGAGGAGGACGAGGCGGCGGACCAAUCACAUUCCAGACAAACGCCGUUGAGAGAUGAGGAGGAAGAAGAGGGGGAGGAAGAGGACGAGUUGGAAACAGGACAGGAUGUUUCUCACAGUCCGGAGGCGUCCUCUCCUCUGGAGCGACGUCUGUCAGAGGAGGAAGCCGCAGACGCCCAGCCGCUCGCCUCCUCCAGGCCCAGCUCCAGCUCCUCCUCCCUGGGCGGACUGAGGGCCACACCAGAGCCCCCUGCAGUUCAGAGAGAGUACCUGCUGGACCCUCCAGGUGUUGCCUAUGGAACGGAGAAGGCCAGGGUUGAAAGUGACUCUGCCCUGGGAGGAGAAGAAGAAGACGGGGCCCUGAGUGACAUUGGAGGGGAGGAUGGGGAAAAGGAGAGUUCCUUCUUACAGGAGGUGCUGAGCUCCUUGAAGACCCCCCUCACUUCCUGCUCACUGGGCCUGGAGACCGAAGAUGUUGUCCUCAAGUUGGACGAGGAGGCGGAGGAGAGCAAGGCGGAGGUGGAGGACUCAGGCGAGGUGGAAGAGGAGAAAGAAGGGAUGGUGGCAGAAGAAGGAGAGGAAGCGACUGAGGAAGAGACCGAAGAGGAGAAGCCUACCAGUCAUCAGGCUCCUCCCUCCGGUUUGAUGCCCCUACUCUCGGGCCAACCCACCCAUGAAGAGGAUGUUCUGAGUGAGAUCACCUCUUCCUCUCAAGGCAAUGAAAAAGAGGAAAAUUAUGAUGAUGAAGAGGAAGAGGACGAAGAAGUAGUGGUGGAACGAUUCCAACAUCGUCAAGAAGACGAGUGGCAGAGAGAGGAGGCACAGGAAGUCAUGCCUGAAUACAGCACCAAAGAAGAAGAAAAUUCUCUGUUUUUAAGAAAGAGUGGCAAAGAGGAGGGAGAAGAAGCAGAGAGCGAAGGAGAGGAAGAGACAGGAAACUUGGAGAGAGAGCCUGAGGUGGAAGAGGAGGAGUGGGAACAGAGAGAGGAUGAUGAAGAGGAGGAGGAGAGGGAGGAGCUAGAGCGAGCAGAGGAAGCUCAGGAGGCGGAGGAGGCAGUGGCAGAGGAGGAGGACAACAGAGAGGAGAUGACAAACAUGGUUCCUGAUGAAAUAGGAGAAAUGGUUCAGACCGUCAUGCCUGCUCUGGAGGCAGAUGAAGGACAGGACACCCUGCCUGAAGAGGACAGCGCCUUCACCCCAGAACAGCCAGACCGAGUCCAAAUCCACGCUGAGAUGUGUGACCAAACAGAAAAUGAAACGGCUCCUAACCAAAACUUUGUGGAUGAAGAUGGAGAAGAAAGGGCAGAGGAGUGCAUAGAGAUUGGCCAAAUGGAAGAAACGUCAGACCAAGAGGAGGACUUGGAAAUGAACCAACCAGACGUGGACCAAAGUGAAGAAGCAGGCGUGGCAACAGACCAACCAGACGAGGACCAAGAAAUGUCUCAACUCGUGGUUGAAGACCAAAGAGACAUAGAUCAAACCGACGUGGACCUGAUGCCUCCUUCUGUUUCUGCCCCAGACUCACAAGCCUCUUCUGAGACUCGAAUACAAGAAGAGAGCGAGACCAGUGUUCCCAGUCCGACCAGUCCGACCACCAGUACCACCACUCUCCAUAUAAAUCUAGUCUCUCCCAGCUCAGAGAAAGCCACAUGUCCACUCCAGCAGUUCUUCAGUGGAGCAGACACCACUGAAGAAGUCAACCAGUCGUCCUCUCACACAGAAGCGACCGCAGAACAAGACGAAACGAGGCAACCCCCCAUAGCUGAACAACCAGCAGAGACUGCAGAGGAAGAGGAAGAGGAAGAAAAAGAAGAAGAGGAAGGAAAACAGUCACCAGCCACUAUAGAAGAAGCUCAACCAUCUAAACCUCCUGCCGCUGCAGAGGAGGCAGUCACUCAGCCAUCGAGCGUUUCAGAUCAGGGCAAAUCCCGGUUCAUCAUCGCCCCCGCCUGGCAGCGAUCGUUCUCUACAGGAAGUGGGAGCACCAAAGAGCCCGUUGCGUCUCCCUCCCCCUCCUCCCCGCCACCCUGCGUCUCCUCCUGCGUCUCUUCAUCCCCCUCUGCCACAGGGCCUGGAGGCGCUGAGGGGGCAGCUUCCACUAAGAAAGUGGAGGGGGUGAGCUCGGCUAAAGCUGAAGUGGUGUUGAGCCCCGUCAGAACGAGGAGUAUAGGAUCUGCCCCUGCAAAACCGCACAGCACCACAACAGCCGUCACCGCUAAACCCCAAACCUCGACUGCUGCAGCUGCAGAAGAGAGCGCUGUCGUGGUGGAGGGAAACCCAGAGAACCCGUUUGGAGUCCGACUGAGGAAGACGGCGGUUCUGCGCCGCUACAGCUCAGAGGAGGAAAACACAGAGCCUGCCUCCCCUGAGCCGCCAGCCCAACCAAGUGGCAGUAAGGUUGAACCACAGCCAGUUAGUGUUAAGCCUUCCAUAAAUCAGCCAGUCAACAUCAAGCCUGCCAUCCCUAGGAAGCCAGAGGUACAUGGAGACAGUGGAGGGAAAAUCAAGCGGCCAGACCCAGCAGCAAGUCGAAGUGUUUCUGCUGGAUCUGACUCGCCCAGCUGGAUCUCUGUGGCCAGACAGAAACAGAAGAUCUACAAAGACAGCUCGCUGGACGCCGCCACUGCCAAGAAGGAGGAGCCAGAGAGGAAAUCUUCCCUGCCACUGUACGUCAGCUCAGCUGCCUGCAGGGAGCACAACAAAACCUCUGAAUCCACUGGCAAAGUGAGUCAGCUGGAGAUCACUAAACCUGCAGCGUCUGCAGAAAAGGAGGUGAGGAGGACACUCUCUCCUCCGACUCCAGUGCCGCCGCAGCCUGCGAAAUCCCAGCCGCUGCCCUGCCCUGUCGCCUCAAAGCUCUCGUCCCAAGUGACCCCUGCCACCCCAAAAUACUCCUCCCAAAUCGCCCUCUCUCCCCCAACUCCAGUUCCCAUUUCCCAGAGAGCUCCCUCUUGCACAAGCCCCACGCCCCCAUCCAAGAUACCCCAGCCACAGAGCACCCAAAGCUCCUCGCCCACCGCCCAGAAACCCAGCGCCCAGCCCAGCUCAGCUCUCCCCUCGCCUCCUUUUUCAUCGAGAAGCGGCCUGGUUCCUCCGAGAGCUGCAUCCCAGCCAUCCCAGCGAGGCCUCCCCAGCCCUGGCUCACCUCCGCCGGCCUUGUCCCAAGACGAGCCCCCCUGGAUGGCCCUGGCCAAGAAGAAGGCCAAAGCAUGGAGCGAGAUGCCCCAGAUAGUCCAGUGAUGGCUUAGGCUGAAGUUUGAAGCUAGCUGGCCAAAAUUAAAAGGCCCAAAGGGUCAAAUCUGGGUGGGGUGAAAUGGGGCAAUGGUGGGCAAAGAGUCAGAGGAUGGACCAGAAUGCAUUUGCACACCCAAGAGCAUAUAUAUGUGUUGUUUUCUACUUCCUGGUUUGUGUCGUGGGCUCAGGUCACACGGCUACAGACAGACCCACUUACACUCUUUUUCUUUCUUUCCUUUACAUUCCUCGUUCUUUGAACUUUGAGUAAAUUGGUCCAAGUCAUCGCUUCCUAAACCAAAAUUCUUGUGCCCGUCCCCGAGUGUUGGAUUUAUAUGUGAAAAGAGUCCUAAUAAGUUAUAAUGUGCCUGAAAGAGAGACUGCUCUUAAGCUGCAAACAUUAAAGAUUCGUUCGUGAAAAGCAGCCUCGCCCCGGCAGAUCGGUGAAUGUUUCUCCAGCGUGCCACAGGUCAUUCCACGUGACCUGAGCGACCAUUUCAGGCCAGAAACAGAGGAAGGAGAUGUUCUUUUAGGAAGAGGAUGUACCGCUCACUCUGCCUCGGUUUAGAACGAGGGGAGCGCGACAAAGUGAACCUUUUGUUUAGGAAUUCAUUUGUUCUGACUUUAUAAUGGACAGGAUGCUGUCGUCUGUCUAAAAAGUGUGUUUGUCUUUGUUUUAAGGCGAUACGUGGACAGUUUUUUGAGGCUGUAAUAUUGCCUUCAUUUUGGCCGUGGAUUGGCAUAAGCAACAUUAAAGUGGCCAACAUUAAAGCGGCUAACACUGUGGGGUGUAAGGAGGAAAAAUGUUGGGGG